AAAACGUAUUGGGAAUAAACGAUAGGAGAAAAAAAUAGGAAUUUGUGCGCGUACAUAACCGUAUUUUGCGUAUCGAAGUCGCGCGAGUACAGUGCAAAGUGCAGUGAUUAUUACUGACGCGUACCGGAUCGAUGUCAGUCUCUCGGUUGUAUCGUGUAUUUACUUUGGUGCGCUUGCCCUGAUAUCGGUGCACCCCUGCUCCCGUUUACCAUCGGUUCUUUUACUUUCGUAAUUGAAGAUUUCACGAUAACCGACAACAUUUUUCAUUGGAAUUAUUGAACGAGUUUGAAUGUCGCGAAAAUGAUACGAAUGUUUACCUCGUAAUGACAUUCGACAUUUCAAAUGAUCAUUUUGAAGUUUGCUCGAUCGGAAGAUCGAAAACGAUAAACCAUUUUCGUCACUAAUCUUGUAGUUAAUAGACGUCGGAAGUCCCGCUAACGCCGGCGCUAUUCAUUGACGGAAAACCAUGGACUGCGUGAACGGACGUAUUAGGCAAUUAAUUUAUUUCGCGGUAUUGCGUCACGUUUGCGCGCGCUAUUAAUGCAACCGGUGCCCGCAAUAUCGCCGUGACAACUGUGAAACUCCGCCAUUUUGACCUUACCGAAGGAUACUGCUAUCUGCUGGGUAGUAGCUUUUUCGUAAACGUGACCGAUUGUCACCCACGAAGAUCUCCGUCCAAGGACCCACAGGUAGUGCGAAGCAACUCUCUGCGUGGGCCCUCGCACAAGUGAUAUUCUUAACUAUAAUUAAUUGGUAUAGAUAUAUAUGUAUAUAUAUAUAUGUAUAUUGAUAUAUAUAUGUAUAUAUAUACACACGAGUUUCGUACCUCGAUAAAGCUUUAAAAGGCGUUAAUCGCCUGUUAAAAUCGAUAAUCGUCGCAGCUACCGCGUUGGUAACCCCGUGACGUGAAGUGUGUUCAAGGCUAUUCCGUUUUAACGGUACACCGACAAUAUUACUUUUUGAAUUCUAAAAACUGAUUGAAUUCGAACGGCGCAACGGCACUCGUCAUCCGCGACAGAGAACGUAAUCCGCAGGAGAUAUUACGGAACAGAAGACACAGGAGUGUGGAGACGAAACACAGUGUAGUGUAAGAAACGGUGCGCGUGUGAAAACGGCACAAUAUGAGAGUGACAGCCGCCACAAGGCAGUAUCCUCUUCAUCUGCAAGGGACUCGUACCAACAAUGGAAAGUUCCUGGUUAAUCCCAACAAUAGUCAGGACAUCAGUCAGCAGCCAACAAGCGACGAGACGAAUUCUGUGCCGCCAGUUGUCUUCCCUAGUUAUGAACCGCUGCCCACCGAUCACCAUGGACCCGCCAUACUUGGCGAUCGGUAUGUACUUCUCGGUCCGGCCGAGGGGAGCGCUCUGUAUCGAUGCGUCGACGUCCACACCGGCCAACAACUCGUCGCAAAGGCGUUGACCGUGGGCGACAAAGGUUGCGAGGCGCUGUUACAAGCUCACCUUCGAUUAGAAGGUACUGGAGCGGCGAGCGGCGUCGCAGGCGUGGUGGAAGCACCUGGAGGUCGACGAUAUCUCCUGCUGGAGGGCCACCACGGUGACCUGCACGCCUACGUAAGGGCACGCAGGAGGCUGCGAGAACCCGAGGCGAGGCGCCUCUUCCGGCAGGCGGCCAGAGCCGUAGCUACGUGUCACGAGUACGGAGUGGUGCUCAGAGACCUGAAGCUUAGGAAGUUCGUCUUCGCCGACGAAGCAAGGACACGACUUCGUUUGGAGAGUCUUGAGGACGCUGUGAUCGUCGAGGAUGAGGAUGACAAAUUAACCGAUCGGAGGGGCUGUCCAGCAUACGUCGCACCGGAAGUAUUACGCUCAGGCCGAGCUUAUUCCGGCAAAGCCGCCGACAUCUGGUCCCUCGGUGUUUUGCUGUACACGAUGCUGGUGGGUCGUUAUCCGUUCAACGACGCCGAGCAUGCAUCCUUGUUUGCGAAAAUUUCGCGCGGCCAGUUCGCGGUCCCAGAGUGUCUCAGUCCACGAGCACGGUGCCUCAUCCGCUCGCUACUGAGAAAAGAGCCAUCCGAGAGACCAUACGCCGAAGACGUACCCAGACACCCGUGGCUGUCGAAACCGCUGCGUGUUUGCACAACAACCAGUAGAUCCUCGUGUCAGGAUCAAGUCGUACCAGAGCUACCUAACAAUCAUCAAGACUGAUUCUUCCGGGAGACAGAUUAAUAUUCCGCGCACGCUACAGCCAAUUUACCUUCUUAAUCCUCUAUUUGGCCGAGGGACAUCAGUAACUGUUGCCAGGGUUAGGACAUGGUUUUUUCCCCCGUUACGAUGUCCGGGUACCGAGAAUUACUGAAAAUUCUAUUCGUGGUAUCUAUAUGGGAUAUUUGAUGUAAUUCGCGGUAUAACCUACAAGGCAGCGAUUAUUUGGUUAAAAAGACUUCUGUAUGCGGUAGUAAAGAGGAAUUACUCUUGCUUGCAUCGGACGAGUUGAGUUUAAGUUAAUUGUUUAUGUCAAUUAGUAACCUCGAUUUAUGUUUGUAAUAUCAGAUUACGGAUUAUAUUAAUUAUAUUAAUCAUGGAUUCUAAGUAAUCAGAUCAUGGAUUUAUUUCAAAAUCAAAUCCAAGGUACAGAGCAAUUAUGGAAAUGACAAUGACAAUGACCAUUAGAUUAAGACAUAUAUUAAGGAGUAAUACUAUCUAGUGAUCGAAAUCACUUUACUCUUUUUGUGCAAGUCAUAGAUUAUUUCUCAUUUCAACUAAUUGUCUUCAUUAGUACAAAAUAAGAAUAAACAAUGGAAAUUUGUAGGUGCAUCGCAAUAAAAUUUUUUCCUAAUAGGCUAUAAGUAACCAAUAUUCUUGACAUUGAAAUAGAAAGUAUCCAUGUAUAAUUCAUCUUUAUAAAUGUACAAAAGCUGAUGAGUUGUAUAAAGGUUCAUUUACUGACAAAUUAAAUUGUUUUAAGAAUGAAACUUUAUGCAAACAGUUUCUAACAAAUAUUUAUAUUUCUCAAUGGAAAAGUAAUCGCUGUUACUGUUUAGCCGCGAAUUAUAAGAGUAUCCUAUACUGGCCUUUAGAACGCGAUGUUCCUUUGUAUGUGAUGUUAUUUAGUAACAUGUAUGUCGGAUUAAAAUUCGUCUAUGCUUUCGUAUAUAAUUUGUGUGUAAAAACCAUGUUCAUCCAUUGAAAGGUUACCAAAUAAAGGGUUAAAUAGCUGUUGCAUCGAAAGAUUGUCUGAUCCCGAAUCUUUAUUUUUUGUUCCGUCGAUACGACGAUAGAAGACGGCCUAGGAUAAGGAAAAAUUUUGUUGGAAAACGUUAGAGAAGGUCUAAGGGAAAAUAAUCGUUAUUCCAAUUCCUUGUGAACAAAGACCUCCGAGUAAAGUUAUUCCUGUUAAGACUAUAAAAUUUGAAAAUAUGUGAAAGAGAUAUGAUACCCACAUUUGAAGAAGAUUGCAUAUAAAAGUUCACUUAAUACCAUUUAAACAUUAUUCUCUGUUUAAAAAUCAGUUUUAAUUUGUAAAAAGCUCGUAUGUCUUUGUAUCUGAACUUUCAUGUACUAAACUACUGAACUCAUCGAAGUGUCGAAUAUUGUCUUAUUAGAAGAACAAAUAAAUGUCGAUGAUAAAGCGUAUAUGGCGAUAAAUUAAAAAAGAUACUUAUUAAUUCUGAAAAAAUUACAGUUCCAUCUUACUUCUUAAAUUAUUCACGGUUUGUGACCAUACAAUUUAAGGGACAACAUAUUUACUAUUGUUUGUUACAGUAUUUAUAAAUUUUCAAUAGGACUUUACAAACCUUUUACACCUAAUGUGUAAUAGUUUACACAUGCAGCUCAUUAUGUCUUUAAGUUUAUAUUGGUAUUUGUUCUAAAAAUUGUUACAACUUCAUGGGAUUAUUAUAAAGUCAAUGUUGAUAGAGAAAUUUAUAUUGAACGAUUACACCCUCUGAUCUUCGCUAAUGGUUUGGUUCGAAGAAAGUACCAAGUGUUCUUGUAUUUAAUAUCUAUGCAAAUUAUUUUCUAACUUCGCGAAAAUAAGGUUAAGUGCAAGAUUAUCGCAUGCGUGUUAUGAAAAUGUGACUAUAAGAGACUUUUUUCUUUUAUAUUUUCUAACGCGAUCCUCUGUGCACUGAAAGCGGCCGUUUCAGUACACAAUUCCUCGUAUCAUUUGAGUCAGGGUACAAUGGUAAGAGCGUUAAUUAACGCUGAAAUGUAUAUAUGUUCAGUCCACUAAGUCCUACUAAAACGUUAAAUAGAAACAUUAAUAAGAUGUUCUGUACAUAGACAAAUAAAGUGGCGUUUAUGAUAAAAUCAUUGCUGAACUGCCUACGCAUUAUCACAUUCUAAGUUCCUAUUCUGACUAAUUCAAUGAAUACAUUGGAUUGAAUUAUAAAGGAAUUAUGUUUGAUAAAAAUUUAUUUCCAAUCCGAACAUCAUAAGAAAUAUACAUUUGUUAAAUUUCACACAUUACUGAUAUGAUUUUUUAAAAUUACAAAUCUAAAAUAUAGUUUUCUCAGAAAAAUAAAUUUUUCU